GACCAACUUUGCAUUGACCAAAAUAGCGACUUUUUGCAUAUGACCUUCUAGAGUUCCAGAUCCUACAGCCACGCCAAAACCUACUACUAACCUCUCAACCAUUCUCUCUCUCUCUCCCAUCACGGUUCACAGUAUAUAAAAGCCCCACUUUUCUCUACCAUUUCAACCACACCCAAUUCCCAACUACCAUCCCCAACCUCGUUUCCUUCCAUUUAACAUCUCACUACUUUCACGUCUGCGAAGAGAGAGGAAGAAAAUAAAAGUAGAAAGAGGAAAUCAAAUAACGAUGCCACCAUUCGCAGGCUCUUUCCCCCAACUACAACCAAAGCCAGAUUCCAAUGUAGUCUCCAUCGACGUGGGUGGCCAAGUGUUCCAAACAACGAAACAAACAUUAACCUCCGCAGGUCCUAAAACAUUCUUCUCAAAGAUCGUGGAAGCAUCGCUGCUAUGCACACCCUUCAUAGACAGAGACCCUGAAAUGUUCUCUCUCUUGCUCUCGCUCCUCAGAACCGGCAACCUUCCAUCAAAAGCCAAAACCGUCGAUCUCCAAGAUCUAAUCUUAGAGUCCCAAUUCUACGGCAUAGAGAACCUUCUCAUCAAUUCCUUCUCCAACCCUUCUCAAUUGGAACCCUUCAACCUCCAAAAAUCUCUCCUUUUGCCCUUAAACGGAAGAGACUCGCCCUCCACCCUCGCCACCACCCCCUACGGCUCCCUUCACGUCGCACACGGCAGCAAAAUCACCUCCUUCGACUGGUCCCUCCGCCGUAAAUCGACUAUCCUCACCCACUUUACCGCCGUCGAUUCCCUCUUAGCCAUCUCGCCGGAGAUCGCCGCCGCCGGCGCAAACGAUUUCUCCGGCCUCCAGAUUCUGGAUUUGGAAAAGGGGCGCGUCAGGGAAACCCUAAAUUGGGAAAACGUGACCAAAUCGGGCUCCACCGUCCAAGCCAUCGGAUCCUCGCCGGAUCAAAUGUUCGUGAGCUUCGAGUCUUGCCGGAGAAACUCGAAUUCCAUAUUGGUCUACGAUUUGCACACGCUUAGCCCCGUGACAGAAAUCGGGCACAACGAAAUCUUCGGCGCCAACAUCGAUUCGGCGAUUCCGGCGACGAAGCUGCAGUGGGUCGAAGGUUACAACUUGUUGAUGGCUUCUGGGUCCCACAGUGGUCCUUCUGGUGUUUCCGGUAACAUUAGGUUAUGGGAUGUUCGGUCCGGUAACGUGGUUUGGGAGAUGUCGGAGAAGGUGGAUUGUUUUGCUGACGUGGCGGUUUCUGAUGCGUUAUCGGUUAUUUUCAAGGUUGGAGUCAAUUCGGGAGAAGCGUUCUACGUGGAUUUGCGGAACCUAAGCAAUGAGAACACGUGGGUGUGUCUUGGAGAUAAGAGGAAAGUGAUGAAUGGAAAGAAGGAAGGGUUUGGUUGCAAGAUUGAAACGCAAGGAAAUCAAGUGUUUUGUACAAAGGGUGGAGAUGUGGAGUUAUGGUCAGAAGUUGUAAUGGGAAAUGUUAACAAAGGUUUGGAAGAGAGGAUCUUCAAGAAGAACUUGAUGGGGAGGGUAAGGGAUGUGGGUGGUGCUAAAAUCACCAACUUCUCCUUUGGUGGUAGUAGGAUGUUCUUGACUAGGAAGGAUCAAGAAUGUGUUGAGGUGUGGCAGAGUUCGUCUAGGGAACUUUGAUUAUAUUUACGAGGUUUUAAGUAGAUGGUUAGUUAUAUCAUGUACAUUAACAUUGUAUGGAUUGGGCACCAUGUUGUCAACUGUUUUAAUCUUCGUGAGACAAAUCAAUUUGAUGCUUGCCAUGCACCUUACACUCCAACUUCUCAUUCAUGCUCACACUGUUUACGACCAUAGUCGAAUCCAUGUUCCAACUUCAUUCCGGUGCAUUGUAGAUCGGUCCAUUAAUCAAUUCAAACGUCCAUUUCCUCUUAUUCUUAUACUUCAAUUCUCCUCCCAACUUGUAUUCAUAACUGCUGUCUUAUAGCAUUCUGAUUUUAUACAGAGAAUUUUAUGUUUGGGUUUUUUUUAUCAAAGUUAAUUUUAUUUUUUAAUUUACAUUAUAAAUUAUUAAUGAAAAAGAAAACAUAAA